UUUGUAAAAUGUUUUUAUUUAUAUUCGUGACUGAUUGACAUUACCGAUUGCGACAUAGUUGCAUCUACAUAUUUAAUUAGUGUGGUCAAUCAAAAUGCGUUUUAUGUGCUCACCUCGCUGGUACAUGAUAGAUACGCGAGUGCGAUUCAGCUCUGAUUCCAGAUUUGUUCCCUCACACGAACCAGCCGUGGAAGGGGACCUUCGAAAACUGGAAAGAUUUCUCAAAGACAAACCAAAAACCCUUGUUUUAACCGGUGCUGGAAUAUCUACGGAAUCAGGAAUUCCGGAUUAUCGUUCGGAAAAAGUUGGUCUAUAUGCUCGCUCUAAUCACAAACCCAUUCAGCAUGGCGAUUUCAUCAAUUCGGAAGCCGUUCGCAAACGCUACUGGGCGCGAAACUACGUUGGUUGGCCACGUUUUUCGGCUGUUGCUCCGAACGUAACCCAUUACAAGUUGGCUCGAUUAGAGCGUGAUGAACGCAUUUCCGGUGUGGUGACGCAAAACGUUGAUAAGCUGCACACGAAAGCGGGUUCAAAGAACGUCAUUGAAUUACAUGGCAGUGGCUACACUGUUAUUUGCGUAGGUAAAACUGGUGCCGGAUGCGAUUAUCGAAUACCGCGUCAUGAUUUCCAACAAAUUCUUGAUCAAAUGAAUCCUCACAUGGAAGACAAGUCAACCAUGAUACGACCAGAUGGAGACGUCGAGUUACCUCAUGAAUAUGAGGAAAACUUCAAAAUACCACCUUGUCCUCAGUGUGGUGGGUCGUUGAAGCCGGAAAUUGUGUUCUUCGGCGAUAACAUCCCAAUGCCACGAAUCGAAACUGUAGUUCGUAUGAUUCUGGAAUCGGACGGAGUGCUGGUGCUCGGUUCCAGCUUGACGGUAUUUUCCGGCUACAGGAUAAUACUGCAAGCAAAAGAACUUGGUAUCCCGGUGGCGAUAGUGAACAUUGGUGAUACGCGUGGGGAUUCGGUGGCAGAUUUAAAAAUUUCCGCCAGAUGUGGGGAACUGAUGCAAGAUUUGUACAAAACAUGAUGGGGAUGCAGAUGAAAACGCGUAGAAUUGUUCAAUCUAUUACAUAUUGUAAAUAUAGUUUUAAAUACUCUUA